AUGGAAUAUUCUCAACACGCUUUCCUCAAGGAAUUAGGUAUCACUGAAGAGAACUCUGGUUUGUAUAACGGUAAAUGGGGUGGAAAGGGUGACCUCAUCAAGUGUAUCAAUCCAACCACUGGCAAUGUUAUUGCUACUGUUAGAGGUGCCACAUCUGAAGAAUAUGAAGAAACUAUCCAAGCUAUGAUUGCUGCCAAGACCAAAUGGGCUUUGACUCCAGCACCAAAGAGAGGAGAAAUUGUUAGAUUAAUUGGUGAAUCACUCCGUGCCAAGAUUGUACCAUUGGCCAAGUUAAUUUCAUUAGAGAUGGGUAAGAUUUUCAUUGAAGCCAAGGGAGAAGUCCAAGAAUUCAUUGACGUCUGUGACUUUGCCACUGGUUUGAGUCGUUCGAUCAACGGUCAAGUCAUGCCAUCCGAGCGUCCAGGUCACGUUCUUUUGGAGAACUGGAACCCAUUGGGCUUGGUCGGUAUCAUCACUGCCUUUAACUUCCCAUGCGCUGUCCUCGGUUGGAACGCUGCCAUCUCUUUGAUCUGCGGUAACGUCCAAUUGUGGAAGGGUGCCUCUUCGACCUCUCUCAUCACUGUCGCCGUCACCAAGAUUGUCGUCGAAGUCCUCGAAAAGAACGGUUUCGACGGUGCCAUCUGCAGCACCAUCAUCGGUCCAGGACGUACCGUCGGUGAAAAGAUGAUCCAAGACAAGCGUUUCGGUCUCAUCUCAUUCACUGGUUCCACCGACGUCGGUCGUCGUAUCUCGCAAGUUGUCCACUCCAACUUUGGUCGUACCAUCCUCGAACUCGGCGGUAACAAUGCCAUCAUUGUCGCCGAAGAUGCCAACGUCGAGCUUGCUCUCCGUGCCGUCCUCUUUGCCUCGGUUGGUACCACCGGCCAACGUUGCACCACCUGUCGUCGUCUCUUUGUCCACGAGUCGCACUAUGACGCCGUCCUCGAGCGUCUCAAAAAGGCCUACUCGACCGUCAAGAUUGGCGACCCACUCGUCGAAGGCACCCUCGUCGGCCCACUCCACACCGCCGCCGCCGUCAAAGAGUACACCGAAGGUAUCGAAGAGAUCAUCAAGCAAGGCGGCAAGAUCGCCUAUGGUGGCAAGAAGAUCGACCGUGCUGGCGGCUUCUUUGUCGAGCCAACCCUCGUCGAGAUCAACCACGACGCCCCCAUCGUCAAGACCGAGCUCUUUGUCCCAAUCCUCUACGUCAUGAAGUUCAAGAACCUCGACGACGCCUUUGAAUGGAACAACGAGGUCCCACAAGGUCUCUCCUCGUCGCUCUUUACCAACAACCAAAUGAACAUCUUCAAAUGGAUGGGUCCAACCGGUUCCGACUGUGGUAUCGUCAACGUCAACGUUGCCACCAACGGUGCUGAAAUCGGAGGUGGUUUCGGUGGUCACAAGGAAACUGGUGAUGGAAUUGAAUCUGGUUCUGAUGCCUGGAAGCAAUACAUGCGUCGUAGUACCUGUACCAUUAAUUAUUCAACUUCAAUGCCACUUUCUCAAGGUAUUGAAUUUGGUAAUUAA